CUUCAUUCAGAGCAGACACCUUGCAAAGGUACCUCGCGCCCCCUCACCUCCCUCCAGUUUAGUACGCAAACCCACAGCUUAAACUGAAAUUCCUGCACGGUAACCAGAAUAUAUUUAAAGUAAAAUUACAGUUGCUAAAGACCAGAACUUUUUUGUUGAUUGUGAAAGCUCGAGGAAGAGUAGGCCUACCAUGUUUUGGCUGGAAGUGUGUGCUGCCAUAUGUUGCUUCACGUGUUUGUUGGCUCGUAAGAUUCCUACUUAUGAUUACUUAGAGGACAACAUCUACACUGAGCUGCGGAGCCUUCUAGACGACCGUGACGGCUGGAAGGAGGGUGGCGGUGGAGUGGGUCACCCGCGGGAGGAGAGAGGCUGGACGCCGGGUCUGGUGCUGGGGCAGGUUGCUGGGGUCUCCGUAGACCCCCUAGGUAGACCUGUGCUCUUCCACAGGGGCACACGCACUUGGGACUACCUGUCAUUCAACUCGUCACAUCACUACCAGGAGGGAGGACCUCUAGAAGAAGACGUAGUGGUGGUGCUGGACCCAGAUACUGGAGAAGUUGUACGUUCUUGGGGUCGUGGACACUUCGUCUUGCCUCACGGUAUAACUGUUGACUCCAAGGGUAACACCUGGCUCACAGACGUCGCUCUCCAUCAGGUGUUUAAGGUGGGGGAAAAUUUGAGUUAUGUGGAGGGCUGGGGAACCCGGCAUGACGAUCAUCACCUGUGUAAGCCUACCUGUCGCUUCACCUCCCCGGGGGGCUCUUCCCUCGCCGACGGCUACUGCAACGCUCGCAUCCUCCGCUUCGCUGCUGACGGAACUCUGAAGGAUCAGUUCGGACACCAGGGGAGCGAGGGUAGCGCUGGAGCACUGUAUGUUCCCCACGGGUUAGCACUUGAUGAGACUCGUGACGCCCUGUGUGUGGCUGACCGGGAGAACCAUAGAGUGGUAUGUCUCAAGGCAGGACUCCAGCACCAACAACAGUUUGGCCAACCCGUCAUGACUCUUCAGGACCCUAACCGCAGCAGGGUGUUUGACGUUGCUUUUCUCAAUGGCAUGCUAGUGGGCGUGGGCGGCAGCGAGGACGAGGGCGUGGCAACAGGUUUCACGGCUGAUAUGGACACUGGCGACCUGCUUGACGCCUGGGCACCUCUCACGGGCUUCCACAACCCCCACGCCAUCUCUGUAAGUCAAGACGGUGUCGCCAUCUACGUGGCUGAGAUUGGUCCCAACCGAGUGUGGAAGUUUGUCUUGGACACCCCUGCAACUUUCUGAAGGAACCAGCAGCACUGAUGGGGAACGUCAGAGUGCCUGCCACCACCACCACUACCACAACUACCACAACCACUAACAACAACAUUAUUACAACUACCACUACUGUCAUCACAACCGCCAUCACCGGUGCCACUACCACCACCACUGUCAUCACUACCACCACCACUACCACUCCCACAACCACUACCAUCACCACUGUCACAACAAUCACUACCACCACUACCGACAACAACACUACUAUUACUACAACAAGAACCACCCACAAUGACAACACUUUAAUUUGUAACAACCACAACCCUCAACAACACUGAUAACUUGCAUCUUUCUCUUCCCCCUCUUCAUGCUGUAUAGUCCUUGUGGCUUAGCGCUUCUUUUUGAUUAUAAUAAUAAUAAUUCCCCCUCCUCAACACAAUUCAUACUGAAUCAUAACUACAGUAUUAUGUAUAAUAGGUGUUAAUGUUUAAGAAAGUCGGUCUAAUACUGCACUAGUAGCAAGGCCUUAAUAAUUCUUUUCUUCAUAUAAACUCACUAUAUAAACAAUGUAUCAAGGAGAGACAAAUGUUUCCAAGGUAGGAACAAGACUUUGUUGAUGCAAAUUAUACAUUUCAUCUGUAACAUAAAACAUUAGAUGUGCUGAGUGCGUUACUCAAUUUAUACAAUGUAAUGCAUUAUUUGGAGUGUAAUGUGGGUAGAUAAUGACUGAUGCUGCGUGUGUCAGUGUGAAGGAUUAC